UUGAAGUCUGGUCGUGUAAUUACGAGCCCCUCCUUUAGCUGAGCUGUUGGUGCAGCUUUACAGGAGUGGGAGAGGCAUGUCUGUUAAUCUAAUAAAGUGAAAUGCUCUUCAGGGUUCUGUGACUGGUGAAUGACAGUCUUGCAGCAGGUGAGCGCUGGAAAGAAGGAUGACAAUGGCACAUGUUGGGGCAGUGGUUGCUGCGAUCUCUGCUGUGAUGGCCAUUCUACUUCACUCCUCCAUACACAAGAUUGAAGAAGGCCAUUUAGCAGUGUAUUACAGAGGUGGGGCUUUGCUCACCGGUCCUAAUGGCCCAGGAUAUCACAUUAUGCUGCCUUUCAUCACCACCUACAGAUCAGUGCAGACGACACUUCAAACAGAUGAGAUAAAAAAUGUGCCUUGUGGAACAAGUGGUGGAGUCAUGAUCUAUUUUGAUAGAAUCGAGGUGGUCAACAUGCUAGUGCCAUCAGCAGUGGUGGACAUUGUGAGGAAUUACACUGCAGAUUAUGACAAGACACUUAUAUUCAACAAAAUCCACCAUGAGCUAAAUCAGUUCUGCAGUGUUCAUACACUACAAGAAGUCUACAUUGAGCUGUUUGAUAUAAUCGAUGAAAAUCUUAAGACCGCUUUGCAGAAGGAUCUGAAUUCCAUGGCUCCGGGUUUAACUAUCCAGGCAGUCCGUGUUACCAAGCCUAAAAUCCCUGAAGCAAUCAGGAGAAACUUUGAGCUGAUGGAAGCAGAAAAGACCAGACUACUGAUCACAUCUCAGACCCAAAAAGUUGUGGAGAAAGAGGCAGAGACUGAGAGAAAGAAGGCUAUCAUUGAGGCUCAAAAAUUGGCUCAAGUGGCUGAGAUCCAUUUCAAGCAGAAAAUCAUGGAAAAGGAGACCGAGAAGAAGAUUUCUGAAAUAGAAGAUGCUGCAUUUUUGGCCAGAGAGAAAGCUAAAGCAGAUGCUGAAUUCUAUACAGCGGCAAAGUUUGCUGAGGCCAAUAGGCUGAAGCUGACACCAGAGUAUCUGGAGCUCAUGAAAUAUCAGGCCAUUGCUGCCAACAGCAAGAUCUACUUUGGCCAGGACAUUCCAAACAUGUUUGUCGACAACAGUGCCUCUCCCUCAACAAAAGGGACUGACUCAUCAGAACAGCUGGAGUCUUUAACCGAGGUUGAGAAACCCAGGAAAGCGACUGGGCUAAAAACGGGCUCAGAGCGCCACUGAGAGGCCCACCCAGGGCUUCUCCUCUUUCACGGUCUGUCUGUGUCUCUGGGGCUGGGGGUGCUUGUGUGGCAUGAUGGCAUUAAUGCUUUUCUACUGAGAGCAUGAAACUAACUGUUCAGUUAGUCAUUUACCUUAAGGGCAGUGAUCAACAAAGAGGCAGUGUUUUUUCGGGGUAGGGCUCAAAUGUCUUAACAAGAGACUAAGAUCUGUAAAGUGCGCUAAUGAAUCAGUGAUGCUGCUGUGAUCACACAGCAUGUGUUUCCCACCUUUACUUCUUUUUGUUUUUUUUGCAGUGUGAUAUGUGGGAAAUUUGCAUCUUGACAAUUUGUUUGUGAAACUGGAAUAAUAGGGCUUCAUACUAAUUGAAACAGGGGAAAUAGAUGAUUAUGCAGCUACAAGAGAAUAUAUAUAUUUUUUUUUUGGCCAAAAUUUUGCUUGUCUUUUGUAACGAAACACUGAGGUCCUAAAGUAGAGCCCCACUUAGUCUACAAAACACCUUUUUGGUGACUAUAGGCUCAUAUUAACCACGGCUAGGUGGCGAAUUGAUAUUGAGUUGAAAUGAUUUGUACAGUUUACUAUUGAUUUAGUUCUGUGACUGAAAUUUUUUUUGCAUUGUUUUCACCUGUUCUGUAAAUUGGGAACCCACAGAUUAUUGUAACCAUUUUAUAGUACUUGGAUUUGUUCCUGUGGAAGUUGAAUUGUGGGUGAUGAAGUUUCUAUUCAGUUAUUUUUAUUAGUAUGGACCCGGUAACCCAACAUGCCAUGAUUUACACAUCACUCUUUUAGUCUUACUUUAUGUUCACAGCAUGGCUGACAUGUAGAAUGAUUAAGACCAGGAGUUCAGCAGGAACGUACAAAGGGAAUUUAAAUAAGGGCUUUUGUUUAUGGAAAAUUAAAAAAUAAUGAAAUUAACAACCUAGUGAAGGGCUAUGAAAUUAAUCCUUCUGUAACGUUUGAGCUGUGAAUAUGACUUAAAGAACACCUUCAACUCACACUUGCUGUUAUGUUUCAUGUCACCACUAGGGGGAGCACAUGUUCUUCUGUAAUAACAGACUGAAGGGAAAGUACUAAUUGAGUCUGAAGUACAAAGAACACUGUUUUGGCUUUGUUAGGUUUAAAUGGUUUUAGUUUUCCUAUGUAAGUAGAUAGUUUGCAUUUAAUGAAAUGACAAGCACUUACAGUGGUUAUGGCUAUAACAUCUGAGGUGUCUAGGUGCUAAUUCUCAGGAAAGAGACACACAGGUUGGGUUUACCAAAAGUAUCUGCUCAAGUCAUCUGUUUUCAGUAGUUUGAGGGUUUCAGGAUUUUCUGCCUGCUUGAUUAGUGUAUCUUGCCUCAACUUUAGGACUUUUCCCUCUCUCAAAGAACUUUGCUAGUUGAUUCAUCAGGCCUGUAAUAGUACUUUAUUAUUUUUCAUGUAAUCUAUUUUCUCUGUUAAUGUGGGUUGAGGAUUUAAAGAGCUGAGGAUUCAUCCAGUCCCUGUCACUAAUUUCACUAUUAGUGUUUGCUGUUAAUGUGGGCUUCCUUUUCUGCUGUAUAACAUUUAACUAUUCCCUUGUGAUUUUAAAGUACAUAUUCUUAAAAUUUGGGAAAUGGGUUCAUAAAUAUUAACAAUUUUAAAGGUAAAAUUGAUUAAAUGACUUAUGUAAUUAUAUGUUUAAUGAGCAUAAAGAAAACAAUAUGCUUCUGAUUCUGAUUAUUAGUGGUGGUUAUGAUUUUCAGUGCUGAUCAUUUAGAAUGGGUGAAAUGAAGCUACUCUGUGAAUGUGACUUUUAUACGUAUGCAUAAGUUGAAUUCUUGAUUUCCCAACAUUUAUAUGCAAAAUUUGUAACAUUUUGACAGUUCAGUUCUCUCAAAUAAAACUUUUUUUGAUACCACCAA